AUGUCUAAUAGGAUUCUAGUACUCAAUACAGCAAACGAGAAAAAACCCGGAGGGGAAUGGGAAGGGGGCGUUUUGUCCCAAGAGGAGGGUUUCGCGAGGCGUUCGAAUCUUAUACAGGCCCUAACGACAACGGACCCCCGAUCAGGCCUCCAGACCUAUUACCCACUGGAGAAUACGAGCGGGAUAUAUUCGCCCAAUGUCGUUGUCUUCAGAGAGGGUUUUGAUAAAGAUUACGAGUUGUGGCGGGACGAAGAAUGGACAACGUUGGCGAUCGUUUCCGCGCCAGCGGUCCGGAGGCCAAAAGUUGAUGAAUCGGGGCUGCAUUAUUCCUUUACGGAGGAGAGGCAACUGCAACGCGAAAAGAUGAAGAGUGUGCUAAGAAUAGCUGCGUUGAAUGGACACACUAAUCUGGUUCUGGGGGGGUUUGGUUCUUGCGGACCUGAAGGUAGUGGCGGUGACUUGUACAAAAAUCCUGUCAGAGAUGUCUGCCUCCUUUGGAAAGACCUACUUUUCGAAGAUGAAGAAUUCAAGGGAUGGUUUAAGAACGUUGUUUUUGCUUUUGGAAAAGGAGGUGGGAGUUGGAUGAAAGAAGAUGGUAAUAGUAUUGAGGAGUUUAGACAAUUUUUUGGGUAG